CUUUAUAUAUAUAUUAUUAAAAUAAUAUUUGAACGCGCGCGUUAAGAUUUCUAGAGUUUUUUUACAAAUAUAAAAACACAUAGAGUUAUAAAAAAAACAGGUCUGUGUAAUAAUAUAACCUAAGGGUGUGUAAACUACGGUCAUGAACAAGAUUAAAAAGGGAUCAGUAGCAAUCCCAGAGUUAAUCUUUGAAAUCAUAUGGUGUGUCCGAUUAUACCUACAAAUGUAAUAUGUACGUUGUUAAUGUAUAAAUACAAGUGAACAUAAGAGAAAAUAUUCCAUUGUUGUACACACCAUGGACCUUUUGGACGCUAGGAUCAAGUUUUACCUAAUGGGGGUAGUCUAUAUAUUACAAGUAGUUAACGGAGAAUCAAGAACAUCUCGGGCCGAUAUUAAUACAGUUUUAGGGGAGAGUGCGGAUCCAAAUUUUUGGCCUUCGCGUGGCCGUAGAAGCAACCCCUUUAUCAAUUUGAAUGAGUAUGCAGAAAGAAAAAUCAAUACUAACAGUUUAAAUGGGCGAUUAGAAAAACCAUUAUACGUAGAUGAACCUGUUUGGGUGACAAUGGACCGAAGGACUGACAUUGACGAUGACUAUUUUUGGGUUACAAGAGGAAAAAGAGGAAACAUUUGGAAGCAUCCGAUAAUGACGAAAUUUUCAUCUAAUCUUUACAGAGAUGAAAUUGAGAACAAAGUGAAAUAAUAUUUUUUGGGCGAAUAGUGGGAACAUCGAAUAGUAAUCUAUUUAAUUUUUAUGUUAACAACACAGAUGAACACAUAACAAUAAUUUCGUUUUUUGUAUUUAAAAAUGUUAAAAAUACGUAGUGAUUAUGUUAUAUUUAACUUUAAUUUUAACCAUCAUUUUUACAAUGUAAUGUUACAAAAUAAUGUUUGUAACGAUCUAUACUAAAAUUGAUGAUGUGUAAAAUACUUCAAUAAUAUCACGUACUGUUGUUUUAUUUCAAAAGAAAUUAACGGGGUGAGUGAAUAAUGCUAUAAAAUAAAACGUAGGUAAGUUUAUACGAUGUUAUAACUUGAUCAGAAAAAAUACAUACAACACAUAUAUGAUAAUGGUCACAAGCAAUAAAAUGAACUUAUUAUGCUUUUUUGAAAACUGUAUUCAUUUGAAUAAGUAUAAAAAAAAUUAAAUGACAAUGUACAUGAUA